GGAAAAAAUCCGACGAUUCUUUGUAUCGACGAUAUCAAAUUUGAUCUGAAAUUCAAAUUCCGGUGAUAACGCGAAGAAGAUGGAUGAUGAAUUGUUGGAAUUGCAGCGUCAGUUCGAGUUUGCUCAACAGGUGAAGUCAAGCGUGAGAUUAUCGGAUCGAAAUGUUGUCGAAUUGGUUCAGAAGCUUCAGGAGCUUGGCGUUAUAGACUUCGAUCUGCUUCAUACUGUCACCGGAAAAGAAUACAUCACUCAGGAGCAAUUGAGGAAUGAAAUUACUCGUGAGAUUAGUAAAUUGGGACGUGUCUCCGUCAUUGAUCUGGCUGAUACGAUUGGGGUUGAUUUGUAUCAUGUGGAGAAGCAAGCACAAGAUGUGGUGUUGAAUGAUCCGGGGUUAAUGUUGGUUCAGGGAGAAAUAAUAUCACAAAGUUAUUGGGAUUCGAUUGCAGAAGAAAUUAAUGAGAGGCUUCAAGAAUGUAGCCAAAUUGCUGUGGCUGAACUUGCUGGUCAGUUACAGGUUGGCUCUGAGUUGGUGCAAUCGGUUUUGGAGCCUCGACUUGGAACUUUGGUGAAAGCUAGGCUAGAAGGUGGACAGUUAUAUACACCUGCUUAUGUAGAACGUGUGACCGCUAUGGUUCGAGGUGCUUCCAGGGGUAUCUUUGUUCCUUCCAAUUUGUCGGGAUUGUGGGCACCAUUGCAACAGUUGGUACAAGAAAUGAAUGGAGCCAGUGGAGUUGCUGUUGAGAAUUCAUUUUUCCAGUCUAUAUUCAACCGACUGUUGAAGGAAGAGGAGAUGCUUGGAUCACUACGUGCUGGAACCCAUUGGACUCCUAGCGCUUUUGCAAUUGCUCAAAAGGAAUGUGUAGACUCUUCUUUUUCACAGAACUCCUACAUCUCCUAUGAGAGCAUGCAGAAGCUUGGGAUUUCUCAAGCUGUGCAGUUCUUACAGUCUAGAUAUCCAGAUGGUACACCUUUAGCUGCUGUAUUUAUUCAUUCCUCAAUGAUUGAGAUGCUGGAUUCUGCAACAGAGGAUGCUAUUGAACAAAACAGUUGGAUCGAUUCCCUCUCUGUAUUACCUUCAUCAUUCACGUCACAGGAUGCAAACAAGAUGUUGCUUCUUUGUCCCUCUGUCCAAUCAGCUCUCAAGGCUGAGAAAGCACUUAUCUUGGGCGAAUCCUAUGUCCUAAGCAGUGGGUUUGUCAAGGGCAUAUAUGAUCAAAUUGAGAAAGAGGCAGAAGCUUUUAGCAUCCAAGCUUCUACUGCUAGUUUGAUAGAUCCUUCAAGCAAAUCGUCCGAGUCGACAGAAAGCGUACCUGCUAAUACAGAUAAAGGGUCAAAGAAGAAAAAAGGAAAGUCUGUCAGCACGAAGGCAGCUACCGUUGAAACUGUUCCAGAUGAUGAAGAGGAUGCCCGUCCAAAAUCUAAGAGAAACCAGAAGAAAGGCAGGGAUUCAUCGUCAUCACAGAAGUUGGAUUCAAAAGCAGGAGGCAAGAAAGAGUCGGUUAAGGCGCAAGAAAAUAAUAACAUUAUUCCGCCAGACGAAUGGGUGAUGAAAAAGAUCGUCGACUCUGUACCUGAAUUUGAAGAUGAUGGUACAGAGAACCCAGAUUCGAUUCUUAAGCAUUUAGCUGAUCAUAUGAAACCUAUGCUCAUUAAUUCACUGAAGGAGAGAAGAAAGAAAAUCUUCACAGAAAAUGCAGAUAGAAUGAGGCGCUUGAUUGAUGAUCUGCAGAAAAAGCUUGAUGAGUCUUUCCUAAAUAUGCAGCUGUAUGAAAAAGCGCUAGAGCUUUUCGAAGAUGACCAAUCUACUUCAGUUGUUUUACAUAGGCACCUGCUGAGAACAACAGCAGCUACAAUCACUGAUACACUUCUUCAUGGCUUGGACAUCCACAACAAACUGAAGAAUGGUACUGAAGUUGGAGAAUCCAAGACGCAAGAUCAAGUUCUGCUUGAUUCUUCUGAGAGAACAGCCCUUGCUAAGAAUCUCAACGGUUCACUUUCGAAAAAGGCUUUUGCACUAGUUGAGGCAUUGGAAGGAAAGCGUGUAGACACUUUCAUGAUCACUUUCAGAGAUCUGGCAGAGGAAAGUGGAUUGGUCUUGAAAAAGCUUGACAAAAAACUGGAAAGGACACUUCUACAUUCAUAUCGUAAGGAUUUGAUAUCUCAAGUUUCUACCGAAUCAGACCCUGUUGCACUUCUUGCUAAAGUUGUCUCUCUCCUUUUUAUUAAGAUUCACAAUAAAGCUUUACAAGCCCCUGGUAGAGCCAUUGCUGCAGCUAUUUCACACUUGAAGGAUAAACUUGAUGAAUCUGCGUACAAGACUUUGACAGAUUACCAAACAGCAACUGUAACUCUUCUUGCUUUAAUGUCAGCUUCAUCCGGCGAGGAACAUGACUGCUCCGCAGACAGAAUCUUGACCAAACGGGAAUUUCUCGAGAGCCAGAUGCCAUUGCUUAGAACCCUCGUCCUCGGCGACUCACAGCCACAACAACCCUAAUCCUACAAAGUCAGGCCGACAGGUUCCCUUA